CACACCAUGACAGAAGAAAUAAACGACAGAUACCAGAUUCCAAAACACAACUUUUUCACUCCUGAAGACGCAACGACCUGGGCUGUUAUUCAUAGAGCACGAUUUUGGAACGACCGUUUUCAAGACUUGUUGGAUUCUGAAAAGGUUUUAGUUUCAAAAAAUGUUCCGUUCAAAGUUCUUAACGAAUACAGCAGUGAUCUCUCAACAAAAUGUCUCAAAAAAUGUGAAGCUGAAAGAAAGGAAAACAUUUUGCAACAAAUACAGUUUUCGGAAGUCCUCCAAAGACACCAAAAACCAAACUUAUUCGGAAAUUCAAUCGUUUCUCUGAGAAUGCUAAAUUCUCUAGAAAUGAACGAAGUGCACAAAAAGGCGUUGAAACGUGAAAUGCCAAAGCUGUUGUCAAGUGAAAAUGAUCAAAAUCUGAAACGGCGCAAAGAAUGAGUCGUUGCAAAUUGUUAAAACUUUUUUGUUUUUCUGUAUUUUCAUUGUUACCUUGUUGUUAUUUUUACUCACUUUAUCUUUAGUUUGCUCAUAAAUUGUUUGCAAAUCC